UUUGAGCGUCCAAUACGUAUUAGCAGGAUACACAGUAUGCACUGGGAGAAAACUCCACCAUCUACUCUGGCCAGGUCCAGGCCUUAUCAAGGUGUCAGGGUCAGAGACCCAGUUAAAGAGCUGCUGAGGAGGAAGAGGAGCCUGGAGCUGCACAGCACCAAAACAGCGCCUUCUACUUUGGACGAGGUUCAACGCAACAACCAGUCCACAUCGGCACAAGCCAUCUUUGGCGCCGGUGCUGCCAGCAGCACCACAGCUGCAGCUGAGGAUGGACCGCAGCAGUGCACGGGAUGGAAAACUCCGUCCACGGCCACCGGUGCUGCCAUGACAACGUGGUCGUCACCUGAAUACUGCCAGCAAGAGCCCUCGGCCCAGACUCUGGCCUACCCAGCCACCAGCCUCACUGCUGACUUGUACAUGCAGACUCUGUGCCCCAGCUACACCAUGCUGACCUACACACACGCACCACUGCUCACCAACUUCGGGACCAUACCAGUGGCCCCAGCACCUGGCUCCCUCCCUCAGAUGGAGCUCCCAGACUCAGGGUUGACCUAUCUCCCUUGGGCGCAGCCUCUUACCACCAUAUCUACUGUGCCCACCGCGGGGGUCCAGUUCGCUCCCGGCACUGCAGCAGCCCUGUCCACCCCCCCUAUGAUGCAGAUGCCUUUGUCCAUGUCGUUGACCACCAUGAUCCCUCAGCUGGAGCCUCACGGUCCAGACCUUCAUCCUCACAUCCUCGACCUGCCACAGCGUUCAGAACUGGAUGAAGAUGCUGGGAUAGAGCCGGGAUCACCAAACCUACUGGACAAACUUCUGGAGGAUCAGAAAGAAGAUGGUGAGGAGGAGGAGAGCAAAGACUCAUACAGUAGCUCACUCUUCAUACCCAAUGUCUAAAAGAACCAGUUAUUUCUUGUGUACAGAACAGUGUCAGUAUCUUUACUCUUCUGGUUUUUCUCAGGGACCUUAAAUCUACACAGUGACAUAUUUGUUUAUUAUUAUAACAUUAAAGACCCAGUAAAGUGUGACUGUAUGAUAUACUGACACAUGUUCAGUGUUGCGUGACAGCGUGAGACAUGGACGUAUGCGCUCACUGAAAACGGAAAUAACAAAUUCUAGCCACUCAACAAAAAGUUCACAGAAUCAAAGCCUGCUUUAAGGAAUGCUGUGUGAUCUUGCCGUUAGACAAGCUUAUCCUCCCACACCCAACACCAUAAAGAAAAGCAAAACGUCAUAAACUAACACACCUGAUCUGACUGAUAGAUAGCAGCAGCUGAUCAGCAACUCUUGUGUGUGUGAUAGAAAUUCACAAAACAUUCUCUAUGGACUUUGGUGUGGGGAGUACACAGUUUACACAGCGUCACAUAAGAUUGUCUUGUGGUGAGAUUAAAGGAUGUCAUAAAAUAAAAGCCUCUUGUCGAAGGUGCGUGUUGCAGCUGAAUAUCCUUCACCUCAUCGUUUCCUUAAAAGUGUGUUGGAGAAACUAUGUAACCUUCAAUUACCAUCAUAAGUCAAAACAUGUGUAGUUUGUUCAUUGUGGGCUCUUGUAAACAGCUCCUGAUAUAAACAUAAAUGGCUCAUUCUGGGGGUAAUUAAAAACAGCAAGUAUAAUUAUUUCAUCUUCACUUUCUAAGUCUUACAGACCGUCGGUUUGUGAUACAUUUCCUUUCAUGCUAAUUUGAUUCAUUUACUGAUGUGUAAAGUAAUCUGCGCACUCACAGGACAAUAAAUAAUCGAGCCACAAAGUCCUGCUUUAACUAUCUUUAUUUGAUAUUAAUAAACUACAAUGCACAGUCAACAAA